AUGCCAAAGCAUGGCUCAUUUGAUGACUUUUUAAAUGACUGUUUGGAAUACAAAAAAAAGAUUGACUGGGGUGAUGACGAUAUGAAAGAAGGUGAACAAGAGAACGGUGAGCAAGAAGUACAUGAAGAUGCAAGCCCAUUUCCCACACUAGAAGAGGCUGCAAAAAUGGCACAAGGGAUACAAACCAAACCACAAAUCAAAGAAAAGAAAUGUGACAACCCUGAUGUUGUGGUUAAUAAUGAUGAUGAUUUUUCUAUGGAUUUUAUUCCUCCUGUUUAUGAGCAUGCUAAACCACCACCUCCUAUGCAACCAUACUUCCAACCAACAACAGAUGGCAACCCUAUAGGGUUAUCAACUUUAGUGGUAUUAUCAACCGGUGCUGGCAAGUCUUUGUGUUAUCAGCUACCCGCAUAUAUGUAUGCACAGAAAUAUAACUGUAUGACGUUGGUUAUUUCACCAUUGGUGUCUUUGAUGGACGAUCAGGUAGUUGGUUUACCAAAAUGCCUGAAUGGUGCCUGUCUUCAUAGCGGUAUGACGAAAGCGCAAAGAACUAAAGUAGUGAAGCAAAUCUUAGAGGGUAAAAUCCACGUCUUGUUGAUUUCACCAGAAGCAUUAGUUGGUGGCGGUGGUAGUAAAUCUGGCUGCCUGCCUCCUAUUUCACAGUUACCUCCAGUGGUUCUGAAAGAAAGCCUUGGUGUGCAGUGUAUGUUAGGUUUGACUGCUACAGCUACUUUGGCGACUGCAUCCAGCGUAGCAUUACAUCUGGGUAUCAAUAACUAUCAAAGGGCUGUAGUGCGAGGCUUUGGUUGGUCUAUGAAAGGUGAUAGAUUCUGUUCCUUGGAUUCCAUUAUCAUUUACUGUACUAGACGUGAAGGAACGGAACGUCUUGCAUCUUUGUUAAGAACCUGUCUGCCGGAUACCCCCCUACACGAGGAAUUCCAUGAAGAAAACGAAACAGAAACAGAAAAAGAAACAAAGGGCAAGGCUAAAGGCAAAGGCAAAGGUGCUGUUUACAUGUCUACAGUUGGUAUAUACAUCUGUCUAGGUGUUGUUUACAUGUCUAAGUUGCAAUGCUUAGGAGAGGAAUUUCCUGAUGACGGGAUAGACUAUUCAGAAAUCUCUGAAGAACAGAUGAUGCUUGGUGUAAAUGCUACCAACGAUUCUCCCCUAGAUGACAAUUUAUCACACAGUAACAACACACCCCACAGUGACAGCAUACCCCAAGGGAAAAAGUCACCCCACAGUGACAGCAUACCCCAAGGGAAUAAGUCACCCCACAGUGACAGCACACCCCAAGGGAAUAAGUCACCUCACAGUGACAGCACAUCUGAUAAUGACAACUCACCCCACAAUGACAAUACACAAGAAAAAAGCAGCAUGGAAUCCACUGGUCAUGAGAACACAUCACCAAAGAGAUUACCACGAUUAUGUCCAGGCCAUGAAAGAGCAUUGUCUAUUGAUGAAACUGUAGAAAACUUGGAUAUGAAGGAAGAAGGAGUUGCAACAUUGCUGUGUUACCUGGAGCUACACCCCCAACAAUGGCUUGAAAAUCUCCAACCAACCACAGGCUUGUGUCGCAUCAGUUGUUACGGUGGACCCAAGCAAUUACUCAGUACGUCCAAGAAAUGUCCCCCUCUUGCGGCAGCUAUUGCGUUUGACAGACGUAAAGGAAUAUCUCACCGUAACGAUGCAAGCAUUGAGUUCCCAGUGGUAGAGGUUGCUAGCAGCAUGGGAUGGGAUUCCUGGCCAGUCAAAAAAGAACUGAGACAGUUACAGUGGAAUAAUGAAGCUGUGUCUGGUAGACCAAUCGGUGGUAAAAGCGGUGUUUUUGUAGAAUUCUCGGAUAUCUCUUUUCAUUUCCGCUCUCCUGGUGAUUUAACGGAUGAUGAAUUGGAUGGCGUUUGUGACUUUCUAGCUGGCAGAGUCAAAUCGCAAGAGAAGGCAGAACUUUAUCAAUUGCAAUGUGUGUAUGACUCUCUUCAUAGCGUUUCAUUCAGUGACUAUUGGCAUUGUAGUGAUGACGUCAACACAAAACGCAGUGAAAAACUCAAAGGCAUGCUGCGAGAGUAUUUUGAGAGGCAGCCAACUGACACAUCUGGUAAGAUUGGAAAAUUGACGUUUGGACAAGAGUUGAGUUCUGAAAUACUGAACACAAUGCAAUUACAAGAAAAAAUUGAAAAUGAAAUCCAGAUACGCCAAGAAGUCAGAAGUUUUAUUUGCCUACACCAUGAUAGAGACUUCAGUGGCAGAGCUAUUGCUCGUAUAUUUCACGGCAUUGAAAGCCCAUGUUACCCAGCCAAAGUAUGGGGUCGAGACAGACGAUACUGGCGAUGUCACCUCGAUGCUGACUUUAAUUCAUUGAUUAAAAUAGCUAACUCUGAAAUUUUGAGUCUUAGAUAA